AUCGAUUGGGCUCGGUGGAAGGAGGAAGGGAGGGAGGGGGAGGGCUCCCUUCCUCCUUGGAUAGAAGCAAUGUCCUGGAGACAGGCCCCCCCUCCCAGGCCCAGCUCCUGCCCGCCGGCGUAAUCUGGGGCAGCCCCGAGUCCCGCUCUGCCCUGAGCCGUCCUUUUAAUUUUCACACUUUCCUCCGAGUGGGUGAGGAAGGCGGGGGUGGGGGUGGUAAGGGGGACACCCAGAGCAGCCCGUCUGUGGCAGAGAGCCUUAGGCCGGGCCCUUGGAACUGAAGCGACUCGUCCCCAGUCACAGGCCCUCGGGCCCCAGAGGCACACUGAGGCCUCUUUCUGAGACUCCGGCCCCUCGGCCUUCCUGCCUCCUGGGAGCCCUGGCCUUCCUUUGGGGAGCCUCCCGGCAGCAGCUCAGUUUGGGGGUGUCUUCUGCAGGACCGUCCCCACAACCUCAGAGCCUCCCUGACCACUGCCUUCCCCCUGCCCCCCGGCCCGAUGCCUGCAUCCACCUGGGCAGAGGUCCUCGCCUGCGGGCCUCAGGGUGUGAGUCCUGAUUCCAUCACGGGAACCCCUCAGGGCUGGAGUUUCCCCAUAGUUACCCUGUAAAAUGGGGCGAUGACCACUUGCCCCUUGGGGCCCAGAAGACCUAUUUGACCUUGGGUCUCUGUUCCAGCUUGAAUGACUUGGCUGUGCUGCUCAGUGGGGGGUGCUCGGAGGGCCCUGGGCCAAGAGAAAGCCCUGAGCGUCCUAGAGCCAAGGCUGAACUGCAGGCGUUUUCUGGGCCAGGCCUGGUCCUCCCUCUGGUGCUCCCUCCAAGGAAACUUCAGGGUCCUGCGCUCGCCUUGCUCUCCCCGCCCGUGCUCCCCCUGUUCCGGUACCUCAGAAAGGGACGAGCAGGGACGAGACUGACUCAGGGCUGGCAGGAACGGCCUCCUUGGAUCCUGUACAUCCCUGGCGAGGGCCCAGCCCUGGUGGAGGCUCCCCGGGGGGGAGAACACCCAAUUCAGACACAGAGGCGCCCUCACGGGGCACAGCCCCUUCCCUGUGCCUCUGUUUCCCCCUCUGUAGAACAAGGGGCCGGCCUCGAUGGCCUCCGAGGCCCUUUGGGCUCUAGAGCUGGGCUCCCACUGCCUUCCCCUUUGACUCAGAACUCUUAGCCCGUCUCGCGCCUUCUCCCCCCUCCAGCUCCCCAUGGGGGGGGGUCGGGGGGCAUCCUGCACAGUCAACGUUCCCUCCUUCCCUGGGCCCGCGGAACUCGCCCCACCUGUACCUCCGCUUCCCACUUAGCUUAUCGAGGAGGGGGCUGGGAACCCCACUGCCCCACAGACCCAGGGCUCCCUCCCGGCUGGGGGGGCCCAGGGGAAGGGAGACAAGGGCCCCUCCCUGGUGGGAGUUCCCCCAGAGGCUUUCAGGGGGGAAGGGGUGGGGGUGGUGAAAGCCGAUCCAGCCGGAGGGUGUGGCCCCAAAGCCAGGGAGGGAUAAAAGCUGGAGAGCGGAGCCCGGGCCAGAGACCCACGGGAGGAAGGACCCGGGCCUUGCCCCCCAAGCCGGCGUCAGUGACCCCAAAGUGGCUGCUUCAGACCCCCCCAACAUGGCCCUCCCCAAGACCUUGCUCUUGCCCCUGCUGCUCCUGGUGGCCGCGGGGGCCCGGGGCCAGGAGGCCGGGGUCCCGGGCUGCUUCCUGCACCCCAUCAACGUGACCGUGCGGAGCGAGCGCCAGGGGCCCUGCCGGGGCUCCCACGUGGCUCAGGCCUGCGUGGGCUACUGCGAGUCCAGCGCCUUCCCCUCCCGCCACUCGGUGCGGGCAGCCAGCGGCUUCCAGCACAACAUCACCUCCGUGUCCCGGUGCUGCACCAUCAGCCGCCUGCAGAAGGUGAAGGUGGAGCUGCAGUGCCCUGGGGACCGGCGGGAGCAGCUGGAGAUCUUCACGGCCCGGGCCUGCCAGUGCGACAUGUGCCGCCUGUCCCGCUACUGAGGGGGCCGGGAGCCAGAGGCUCUGCACCAGGGCGUCUGCGUCCGAGGAGCCCCCAGCUCUGAACCCCCAGUUCUCUGCCCCCCGGCUCCGCAUUCUCAGCCCGCCGCCCUCCUGCCUCCGGGCGGCCUCGGCCUCGAGCUUUGUGCCCUGACGUGGGGCCCCCCCAAAAUAAACUGAGCAGCUUC